AUGCUCACACAAUUCUUUGCUUUAAAUCUAAGAGAUCCAGAAGCAAGAAAUUAUCUGUAUAGAGAGAUUCCAGAGCAUUAUUGUUGGAAUAAUAGGGACAAGGAAUGGCAUUGCAUGCAGUCACUAAGAAAAGUUAUCGGAAGAAUCUAUACGGUAUCACCUUUGGAGGGAGAGAAUUUUUACUUGCGAGUACUGUUAUCUCAUGUCAUAGGUCCAACCAGUUGGGAAUAUCUUCUUACAAAUAAUGGCACUUAG